AUGGCUGGUACAGAUGAUAUUUUGCUAGAAAAUUCAAGCGGAUACGACAAGUUUAGGAGGAAGGCACUCACUAUACUACCCGUUAUUUUUGUGGUGACUAUUAUAAUGUGCUUAUAUUUGAUAUAUACAUUUUACCAUAUUAUUCCUUUAAUCGAAGAAGAUAGCGAAUCCGGUAUUGCUCAAGUUGUUUUUUUCAAUAUAUUUGUGCUCAUGACACUUAUUUGUUUUGUCCUUAGUAUCUUAACAAAACCUGGGGAGAUUCCGAAUACUCCCGAAUGGAGUAUUAAAGCUACGGAAGGAAGAGCUCGAAGCGAUUUAAAAUCAAAAGAACUUAAAAGCAAUGGAGAAAGGAGAUAUUGUAAGUGGUGCGCAAAGUAUAAGCCUGAUAGAACCCAUCACUGUAGGGUAUGUAGGACUUGUGUUCUUAAGAUGGAUCACCACUGCCCUUGGAUCAGCAACUGUGUAGGCUGGGGAAAUCAUAAACAUCUCCUUCUUCUUAUAUUUUACUCUGCAAUUUCAUGUUCUUUUAUUACCAUUACGUUGGCUCCUACUCUGAAUACGAGCUUGAAUAUGAGUACUAUUCGAUUUGGAGACAUUGUUGCACUUUUACUAGCCGAGAUUUUAUCAGCAUUCUUGGUGGUUGUACUGUUUUCUUUCUUUUUCUUCCAUUUAUGGCUGGUUUUUAAUUCUAUGACAACUAUUGAAUUUUGUGAAAAAUCAAGAAGUACUUCCUAUACUAAUCUGUGGUUUAAAGGUUAUAUGCAUUCAUUUAAACAGGUAUUUGGUUCAAACCCAUUUUUGUGGUUUCUUCCUGUCGGAAACCAGGUAGGAGAUGGAAUAAACUUUGAUCAUUGCCACAGGCUUGAAGCAGAUGUUCAAAGCAAUGACUUCAAAGGUAGAUCUAAUACUACAUCUAAUAUGAACGCUACUGUGGUUGUGGAUUGCCAACCCAAAAUAGCAGAAGAAAGUAGUUUACUAUUGAGUUCGGAACAAGAGUCAAAUAAAAUUGGAGAUGAAUCCCUUUAA